CCCUCAGCGCCGCCAUGGUUUUGUACGGUGGGAGCGCAAAGCACGCUGGGACCGCAAAGCACGCUGGGACCGGUUGGCUUGGUUUUGAAGGCAAGGACGGCGGGAACGCUCCGCUGUGGCCUGAGUGAUCCGCAGGAGAGGAGAUAGUCCUAUUACGGGUGCCUGGACAGCUUUCUAAGAAGGCUCUUGGAAAUCUGAGGAGGAGAUGGAGCUGGCGAAUACUCCAAGUCAAGGCGGCGAGUCCAGAGGAGGUGUCUUAGCUCACUUGGAAAGACUAGAGACUCAAGUGAGCAGAUCCCGUAAAAAAUUGGAAGAGCCACAGAGCACGCAGGCAGUGGAAAGUGCUCUUAGAACCAGGAUUCAUGAACUGAGACGUCUGCGAGAUAAGCUGAGGGCUGAAGUGAAACAACGUCAAGCUAGAGUUAAAGUAUCUACUGCCAAUGCAGAACCUGACCAAACAUUAGAGAUUACUGAGCAAGAAAUUUUGGAGAGAAAACAGGAAAACAUGAAAGCCAUCCUGCAGGCAUAUCAUUUUACAGGGAUCAGUGGGAAACUGACCAGCCGAGGAGUCUGUGUCUGCAUCAGCACUGCUUUUGAGGGGAACCUGCUGGAUUCCUAUUUUGUGGACCUUGUCAUGAAGAAACCACCUCAGAUACAUCACCAUUCGAUUCCAGUCUUCAUUCCCCUAGAGGAGAUAGCUGCAAAAUACUUACAGACUGAUAUUCAGCACUUCCUGUUCACUCUCUGCGAAUACCUAAAUGCUUACUCUGGGAGGAAGUACCAGGCAGAUCGACUUCAGAAUGACUUUGCAGCCUUUCUGGCUGGGCCCUUGCAGAGAAACUCACUGUGCAACUUGCUGUCAUUUACUUACAAAGUGGAGCCAGAAGGCCAGUCCUUCCCAUUUUGUGCUAGACUGCUGUUUAAGGACCUCACAACAACCCUUCCAACUGACGUCACUGUUACUUAUCAAGGGGCGGAUGCAUUAUCCACCACAUGGGAAGAACAGCGAGCAGUCCAUGAAAAUCUGUUUUCUACGAAGCCCCUACAUCAAGUGUUUACUUCAUUUGCAAGAAAAGGAGAAAAGUUGGAUAUAAGCCUGGUCUCCUAGAAUAUUAUUUUCAUUGGAAACACAUCAGAAGUAAAAGGAAAUAUUGCACUUUCUGCUCUCAUGACUAAGGUGACUGGGGUUCCAGAAGAACCUUUCAAGAUUAUCAGGACGAGGACCAUUUCACCUAACUCGGACCACAGAGACAAGCAGGUCUUCAGAAUGAAAAGCA